AAAUAUUUUCAUGUCCCAAAACAAAGAAAAUCAUCCCACGCCUUCUUUUAGUUCUUUUGCAUUCCAUCUCCUGCCUUAAAUUUAUUCUCUCAUCUAAUUUUCACCCCCCUCCCCAAAUAUAUCAAGAAAAAUUCUAAAAAACAUAAACACUUCUCUUUUCUAAUUUCUCCCAUCACCCUUUCCCUUGUUAGCAACAUACAAAUGGGGCUAAGGGACAUUGGAGCUACACUGCCUCCUGGGUUUAGGUUUUACCCCAGUGAUGAGGAAUUGGUCUGUCAUUAUCUCUACAAAAAGAUUGCCAAUGAGGUGGUCUUGAAGGGUACGUUGGUGGAAAUUGAUUUGCAUACAUGUGAGCCAUGGCAGCUUCCUGAGGUGGCAAAGCUGAACGCAAACGAGUGGUAUUUCUUCAGCUUCCGUGACAGAAAGUACGCGACGGGGUUCCGGACGAACCGAGCGACAACAUCCGGGUACUGGAAGGCGACGGGAAAGGAUCGAAUGGUGAUGGACUCAAGAACACAAGAAGUGGUAGGGAUGAGAAAGACAUUGGUAUUUUACAUGAACCGAGCUCCCAAUGGAAUCAAAACAGGUUGGAUCAUGCAUGAAUUUCGGCUCGAGACCCCACAUAUGCCCCCUAAGGAAGACUGGGUUUUAUGUAGAGUAUUUAACAAGAGCAAAGGAGGAGAAAACAGCAACGCAUUGAGCCCCCAUAUGAUGUACGAGACCUCAACUCAAACAAGCAUGGCUUGCGGCGGCUAUCAACAAAUCAGCUGCUCUUUAUCCACCACACCCACGCAUCACAACUAUGGCCAAAGCUUGCUGAACUUGCUUCAAUCUUCUCAGCUAAAGUACAACAACAACAAUAAUAGCCUCAGCAAUAAUGAAGUUAGCUCCAAAGUCGUCGAAGAUGAUUACGAGUUCUUGUGGGACAUGAACAUGGAAGAAAACAGCUUGGAAGAUCAUCAUGUUCAUGGCCAUGGGAUGGCGGAUUCCAGUUUGGAGGACAUGAGAUUUGAGAUUGAUAAUAGUAUGAUAUUCCUAUGAAAGAAUAUAUAGUAUCUUUUUAUAUAAUUUAGGGUACAAAGGAAAAAGAAGAAAACAACUCAUUUGUUUCUUUGUGAUGUUUGUGUGGUGUUUGCCUUUGAAAUAUACAGCUCAUGUUACAUUGGAUGUUAAAAGAUUGGUGUGUAUAUUUUUUUAGUAUAGGCUUCAUUUUUUUUUUCCUUCCGUAUGCAACUUUGCAUUGUAAAAUUAUAUAUUAUAAAUAUAAAGCAUAUAAUUUAUUCUUUA